AUGGAGGGCCUGUUCUUUAAUGUGAAUGGCGGCUAUAUCGAAGGCAUUGUCCGCGGUUAUCGAAACAGCCUCCUCACCAGCCAGCACUAUGCCAACUUGACCCAAUGCGAGACGAUAGAUGAUGUCAAGCUGCAACUGGCCCCUGCCUAUGGGGACUUUCUGGCUUCGCUGCCUCCCAAUCCCUCGACCUCUGCCCUCGCGGGCAAGAUGACGGACAAGCUGGUGGCCGAGUUCCGUUACGUCCAGGCGCAGGCAACGGGCUCAAUCGCCAAGUUCAUGGAGUAUUUGACGUACGGAUACAUGAUUGACAACAUCGCUUUGUUGAUUACGGGCACUCUGCAUGAACGGGACACCCGAGAGCUGCUGGAGCGCUGCCAUCCCCUGGGCUGGUUUGAGACCAUGCCCGUUCUGUGCGUGGCGACCAAUAUCGAGGAGCUGUACAACUCCGUGCUGAUCGAGACACCACUGGCACCAUACUUCAAAGGCAGUCUCAGCCAUCAGGAUCUCGAUGAACUGAACAUUGAGAUCGUCCGCAACACCUUGUACAAGAAUUACCUGGAAGACUUCUAUAACUUUGUCAACACGCACCCAGACUUCAAGGGAACUCCCACGCAGGAGGUCAUGUCCGAAAUCCUGGAAUUCGAGGCCGACCGCCGUGCUAUCAACAUCACACUCAACUCGUUCGGAACGGAGCUGUCGAAGCAGGAGCGGAAGAGGCUGUACCCAGAGUUUGGGAAGCUGUAUCCGGAGGGGUCACUGAUGCUUUCGAGGGCAGAUGAUGUCGAGUCCGUUGCUCUUGCAGUCAGUGGUGUUUCUGAAUACAAGGCGUUUUUCGAUGCUGUCGGUUUAAGUCAGGGUGGACCCGGUGGGCUGGGCAACAUCGCUGGCGGGGGCAGCGCUGAUGGAAAGAGUUUGGAGGAUCUUUUCUACCAGAAAGAGAUGGAGAUGUGCAAGGUUGCAUUCACACGGCAAUUUACCCCGGCCGUGAUAUACGCAUGGGUGAAGUUGAGAGAGCAGGAAAUUCGAAACAUCACCUGGAUUGCGGAGUGCAUUGCACAGCAUCAAAAGGAGAGGAUAGGAAACUACAUUUCCGUAUUCUAG